AUGAUGAACAAGGUGCGCGAGACCAUGCCGGACCUGGUGGUGUGUGCCCCGAUGUGCGGCCCUUGGUCAUCGUGGACGCAAGAGAAGGAACGUGCACUGAAGGAACGCCAGCAGAAGUACGUGCCCAUGUGGGAGUUCUUGUCUGCACUUUGGGAAUACCAGGUCGAGAACCGCAGGCAUGAUCCAGAAGGGCGUCUACUACCAGAUGGUGGACGCGAUAAGUGGGAGGAGUUCGACCUAGAUUUAGAGUUCGGCCCUGAAGGACGCCGAGAUCCUACAGUUCUCCGAGGGCAUGAUCCAGAAGGGCGUCUUCUACCAGAUGGUGGUCGUGAUCCAGGUAGCCGUGAUCCUGUCUAUGAUGCACGAGUGGACUGGUGCCAGUUUGGGUCAAUCGAUCCACAGUCGUUGAAGCCGUACAAGAAGGCACUGAGGGUGGAGACGAAUGAUCCGUUCUUUUGCUCGCAGGUCUCUGUCCAAGGCCGAUGUGAGCAUUGCCCUGGUAGUCAUGAGUCAGUGGAGGGCACGAGCAUGCAAGUCGAUGGCACCGAGGUCCCAAAGGCCAAGCUGGCAGCCAUGUGGCCGGAGAGGUGGAUGCAACGAGUGCUGUGUGCGGCGCACGAGGCCCUCGAGAUGAAGACCAAUGGCCGAGUACAACCCCGUCUCCACGAGCCGUGUUCGAGCCAGGUUCAUUGGGAGACGGUUCCCGUCGAGGUGGAAAGUACUCCUGAAGGCCUGUUGCGAAGUCAUUUGGGGCAGGCCACAGGUGACAAGUACGACUACAUUUACUUCGAGGGUGCCAGUGGAUCAUUGUCUCGCGAGCUCAGGAGCACGCUGGCAAAACUACAUGUGGUCCUGGGACACGUGUCCAAUGUGAAGUUGAAACGGAUGUUGCACUUGAAUGGAGCCAAGGACCACAUCCUUCAGGCAGCUGGAGACCUACGUUGCCAAAUUUGCCAAAUGGUCACCGGCCCCACGGCUCCACCCAGGGCUGCCUAUGAUCGUCCUCAGCGCUUCAACCAGCGAGUGGUGGCAGAUGCCUUUUUCAUCUGGGACAGUGAUGGCACGAAGUAUGCCGUGAUCCAUGCGGUGGACGCCUUCUCCAUGUACACGGGAGUGUUCGGCCCACCCGACAUCGUCAUGACGGAUGCUGGUUCGGAGUUUGCUGCGCAUACUGAAGCCCUCCUCAGAGCUUUUGAUGUUCAGCAUGAGAUGGUGCCUCCUACAGUGAAGUGGCGCAUGGGCUUGGCUGAAAGGCACGGUGCGGUGCUGAAGUUGCUGGUGAUGAAGACGGUGAAGACUACUACAGCCAAGGGGUACAGCGAGACGAAGGAAUGCGUCCUGGCAGCGGUGGCAGCCAGAAACCGUCAGAUGAGAGUCGGUGGCUUUUCGCCGGCGCAGAUCGUGCUGGGAAAGGACGUGGCGAUUCCUGCGGCCCUCCUGCAGCAGAUUUCAAGUGGCCACUUCCGCUAUGUCCUCAACCAGGAUUUGGCUUUUGAUGAGGCCAGGAGGCGCAACGAGGAGAUCCGGUACGCCGCCUCACAGGCCUUCAUCUGGGCCGAUGGUCAUGAGACUCUGCGCAAGGCGAUCAACUCGAGAUCACGCCAUCCCCGUCUGGAGAUGCUGUACGAGGGGGCGGUGAUCUACUUCUACGAUCCGCCCGGUUCGCGAAAGGGGAACAAGCUCAAGGGCGUCCCGCUGGAGUUUGUACGCCUGGCCGCCUUGGAGGAGGUGGAAGGUUCGCAAGUAUGCCAAGAUGCGUUGAAGGAGGUGGAGAAGGAGUUGCAAGGCGAGCGCAAUGAGGUCGAAGAGAUGAUGGACGCCGAAGUCGAGGACCCCGGCAACUUGCUCGAGUUCAGUGGCGAUGAAGAAGAGGAGAUGCAUCCCGACGCCAUCCUCCCUUCAGGCCUGCCGAGACCCACCUCGCUCGACGAUGUUCCUGUGCAACUCCACCGGGACAACAAGCGAAGCUCAGUGUCUGCCCCGAUUCCUCCCGCCCGUGAGUCCCGCGAGCCCAAGAAGGUGAGGUUCGAUCAGGCAAUGGAACAGGCAGCCAACCAUAUCUCCAAGAUGAAGGUGUGGCACUGGGGAGAGGCUAUGAGGUCCCAGCGCGACAUGAUGAAGAGCGCUCAAGGCCAGCGGGAGGUCUUUUCCGCACAAAUUGAGAAGACGACGGAGGAGCUUGCGACAGCGGCGUCGGACGAGCUCUUCGUUCCCCCGACCAUUGAGAACGACCUCCCCGUGACCGGCAAGCCUCGCCUGGAGUUCAAGUGGCACAAGUUGGAUAUGAAAUGGAAGGAAGCCUUUGUGGCUCCCCUGAAGAAGGCCGUGGAUGUCUAUGUGGACAACAAGGCCGUGGAAGCUGUGGAAGAGGGCCAAAUGAUCCCGCCGGAAAAGAUCCUCCCCUCGAGGUUUGUGCUCACGAACAAGAGCGACGACCCCGACCUGGCCAACGCCAACCUACGGGCCAGGUGGGUGCUUGCGGGUCACUUGGACAAGGAGGAGAGAACCUGUGCGCCGAGCGAGUGGUGUUUGUGCGGAUUUAAGGGCUACCCGGAGGAGAUUGUCGAGCAUUUGCUACAGGGCCUGGCAGGCCCUCUCACCAGAAAGAUGAGGAGGGACUUGGUGAGACUCACCAAAGGAGGUUUUGGUCUGGCGGAGUCUCCCCGACUCUGGUACCGAAGACGCAAGAGAGUUCUCAUCGAGUUGGGCCUCAAGGAGCUGAAGUUGUCCCCGGGCACGUUCGUCUACUUCAACGAGGGAGAGCUCAAGGGGAUCUUGACGAUCCACGUCGACGACCUCCGCAUGGCCUUCGACCCGAACCAUCAGGACGUCUUGGAGCGCCUCCGAGAAAGAUUCCGGUUUGGUGAGUGGCGCUCCGCCCUUGAGGAGGUCAUCAAGUUUUGUGGGAGAUGGGAAAAGCAGUGCCCGGCGACCUUCCGAGUUACGAUCUCCAUGGACGGCCAGCUCAACUGGAUGGCCAGACAGGGCAGAGCGGAUUUAGCCUUCGGCAUAUCCAAGCUCCAGCACAUGGCCGGAGCCAAGGAUCCCGAGACCCUGAAGUACCUCAAGGGCCUGGUGACGAAAGCCAGAGAACACUAUGAGAGCUACUUCCAGGCCAUCGAAGGGGAGCUCAAGGACAUGGUCUUCCUCGCUGUCACGGCGGCUGAGACGAUGGACCAGUGCGACUUCGUGCGGGCCAUGAUGGGGGAGAUCCUCGACCACCAGUUCUCCCUCCCGGCCUGGCAGUGGAGUGCCAAUCUGUGGAAGGAGAUUUUGGUGUUGGAUUCCAAGACGGGCUACGAUGUGCUCAGCAGCAUCAACAACAGCGAGGACCGAAGGCUCGCCAUUGACGUCGCCAUCUUGAAGGAGGCGUUGUAUGAGCCCGAGAUGAACCGAUGGGUGCGUUGGGUCCCGGGAAUGACCAUCCCAGCCGACGGGCUGACCAAAGAUCCUGGGAACCCGAUGCGCGACCGGGUGCUCAAAGGCGGACCCUGGAGCCUAUGUGAUUCUCCAGCGGCAUCCAGCGGCCCAACGUCUCAGAGAAGAGGCGGGCCAUAG